AUGGAGUUAGCUCAACUCCGCUUUCUGGUUAACCAUCCUGAUCUCGAUAAAGACGUUAAAAAGCAGAAGCUCGAUCAGUUUCAAGCCGCAAUAAAAGAAAAUAAUAUGGCUCCUUUGUACGAGCUGAUCUGCGGAGAGGUUGGCAUUCCGGUGGACCAGUCGCUGCUCGCUAAGAUGAAGGAAACGAAUUCCAAACGCAUAAAAGAAAUCGAUGCCGAAAUUGAAGAUGCGGAGAAAAAUCUUGGUGGUACCGAAGUUCGUCAGGCUUGGUUGAAAAAAUUCGAGUACUAUUGUCAAAUUGGGGAUAAGGAGAAUGUGUGCAAGACUUUCACGUCCACCUACGACAAAACAGUUGGUAUGGGCUACCGCAUUGAUCUCGUGUUUAAUAUGAUUCGUGUAGGAUUGUUUUUCCUUGAUCAUAGUUUAAUCAAUCAGCACAUCACCAAAGCUAAGGAGUUAAUGGAACAGGGAGGCGAUUGGGAGAGAAAAAACCGUCUUCGAUCCUAUGAAGCGCUGUAUAAGAUGUCAGUGAGAGACUUUAAUGGAGCUGCUCACCUUUUCCUCGAAGCCGUUCCCACAUUUGGAUCCUAUGAAUUGAUGACCUAUGAGAAUCUUGUGUUCUACGCCGUAAUAACAUCUCUAUUCGCUCUUGGUCGUCCAGAUCUGAGAACCAAAGUGAUAAGAUGUAAUGAAAUUCAGGAGCAGCUUACAGGAGGUGGGACGCACGGAGCGUUAAUACCUGUUCGAGAAUAUCUUGAGGCUUACUAUGGGUGCCAUUAUGAUCGCUUUUUCAUCCAAUUGGCAGCUCUUGAGAGCGAACGAUUUAAAUUCGACCGGUACCUAGCUCCUCACUUUAACUACUACUCACGUGGUAUGAGAUUGCGCGCAUACGAACAAUUCCUUACUCCAUACAAAACUGUGCGGAUGGAUAUGAUGGCCAAAGAUUUUGGUGUAUCUCGUGGUUUCAUUGACAAAGAGCUCCACCGCCUCAUUGCUGCUGGGCAACUACAUUGCAGAAUUGACGCCGUUCGCGGUGUAAUCGAAAUGAACUAUCCUGACUCAAAGAACUACUUAUACAAAUCCGUCAUAAAGUAA